GCUCGUCGACGAUGCUUCGUCGAAAAAUUACAUGCAAACACGCCCUCUAACAAAAGUGAUCGGCUUACAUGACAACUUCGUUCGGAAGUUAUUAACCUCUCGCGAGCGGAUUCGUCGUACAAAUCGAUGGUCGUGUCAAAAAAAAAUUAACCGGUCGUGUAUCGAAUCUUGUGUAAUUUUUUUUCUAUAUGAAUAAAAGUUCGACUCGAUGCACCAAACAUGUAAAAUCAAAUCUCGUCAUCGUACGAGGAACUCCGAGGUGGAUCAAAACAGGAUUAAAAAAUUAUUGGCCUCCGAGUAUUCAGACUUCUCCGACGUUAUCCUCGUGGAAUCCCCGUUUGCCGAGACGACCAGGAACGGUCGUGGAAUUCGACAAGUUUCCCUCGCUCUUACGCCUUCGAAAUUAAUCGUAGCUGCCGACGUUUUCAACGAGAAGUCGCAAUUCUUCUGCCCACGUACCCUCGAUCCCAGCAUCGAAAGUUUCGAGCUUAUUUCAGUGUAUCCUUUACGAUGCGUCAACCUGAGCAUAUUCAGCAGAAGACGUCGAAAAACCUUAAAGGCAAGGUAGACAUUUCACGAGAGAAGGGAUGAGAGA